GUCCACAGUCUCUGGUCAUCCCCUGCACUGUCUGCAGUCUCUGGUCAUCUGUACUAUGUCCACAGUCUCUGGUCAUUCCCUGUACUGUGUCCACAGUCUCUGGUCAUCUGUACUAUGUCCACAGUCUCUGGUCAUUCCCUGUACUGUGUCCGCAGUCUCUGGUCAUCUUCUGGUCAUCUCCUGCACUGUGUCCGCAGUCUCUGGUCAUAUCCUGCACUGUGUCUGCAGUCUCUGGUCAUCUCCUGUACUGGGUCCGCAGUAUCUGGUCAUCCCCUGUACUGUGUCUGCAGUCUCUGGUCAUCUCCUGUACUGUGUCUGCAGUCUCUGGUCAUCUCCUGUACUGUGUCCGCAGUCUCUGGUCAUCCCCUGUACUGUGUCUGCAGUCUCUGGUCAUCUCCUGUACUGUGUCCGCAGUCUCUGGUCAUCUCCUAUACUGUGUCCGCAGUCUCUGGUCAUCUCCUGUACUGUGUCCGCAGUCUCUGGUCAUCUCCUGUACUAUGUCCGCAGCCUCUGAUCAUCUCCUGUACUGUGUCCGCAGUCUCUGGUCAUCUCCUGUAGUAUGUCCGCAGUCUCUGGUCAUCUCCUGUACUGUGUCCGCAGUCUCUGGUCAUCUCCUG